GGCAGGUGGGGCAGCCGCGGAACUCCAGGUCCGGCUCAGUGCAGAGGGGCGGGGGCGAGAGGGAAGUAGGCGGGAUCCGCGAGCCGAGUAGCCAGAGUCGUAGGCGGCCACUCGGUUCUGGGCUGGUGGGAGCCCACGCGGGCCAGGCCGGGAUGAGCAAUGGCAUCGGUCAAGGUGGCCGUGAGAGUCCGGCCCCUGAAUCGCAGGGAAAGGGACUUGGAGGCCAAGUUCAUUAUUCAGAUGGAGAAAAGCAAAACAACCAUCACCAACUUAAAGAUACCAGAAGGAGGAACUGGGGACUCAGGAAGAGAACGAACCAAGACAUUCACCUAUGACUUUUCUUUUUAUUCUGCUGAUACCAAAAGUCCAGAUUAUGUUUCACAAGAAAUGGUUUUCAGAACCCUUGGCACGGAUGUUGUGAAAUCUGCCUUUGAAGGUUACAACGCUUGUGUCUUUGCGUAUGGACAGACUGGAUCUGGGAAGUCCUACACGAUGAUGGGGGAUGCCGGUGACUGUGGCUUAAUACCUCGGAUCUGUGAAGGGCUCUUCAGUCGGAUAAAUGAAACCACCAGAUGGGAUGAAGCAUCUUUUCGAACUGAAGUCAGCUACUUAGAAAUUUAUAAUGAACGCGUGAGAGAUCUCCUUAGGCGGAAGUCGUCUAAAACCUUCAACUUACGAGUCCGUGAGCAUCCCAAGGAAGGACCGUAUGUGGAGGAUUUAUCCAAACAUUUAGUACAGAAUUAUGGUGACGUGGAAGAACUCAUGGAUGCAGGAAAUAUCAAUCGUACCACGGCAGCAACUGGGAUGAAUGAUGUCAGUAGCAGGUCUCAUGCCAUCUUCACCAUCAAGUUCACUCAGGCAAAAUUUGAUUCUGAAAUGCCAUGUGAAACUGUGAGUAAGAUCCACUUAGUCGAUCUUGCUGGAAGUGAGCGCGCAGAUGCCACUGGAGCCACCGGGGUUCGGCUUAAGGAAGGGGGGAACAUUAACAAGUCCCUCGUGACUCUGGGGAACGUCAUUUCCUCCCUAGCUGAUUUAUCUCAGGAUGCAGCAAAUCCUCUUGUAAAGAAGAAGCAAGUUUUUGUGCCUUACAGGGAUUCUGUUUUGACUUGGUUGUUAAAAGAUAGCCUUGGAGGAAACUCUAAAACUAUCAUGAUCGCCACCAUUUCACCUGCUGAUGUCAAUUAUGGAGAAACCCUGAGUACUCUUCGCUAUGCAAAUAGAGCCAAAAACAUCAUCAACAAGCCUACCAUUAACGAGGACGCCAACGUCAAGCUCAUCCGGGAGCUGCGAGCCGAGAUAGCCAGACUGAAGGCGCUGCUUGCUCAAGGGAGUCAGAUUGCCCUCUUAGACUCCCCCACAGCUUUAAGUAUGGAGGAAAAACUUCAGCAGAAUGAAGCAAGAGUUCAGGAAUUGACCAAGGAAUGGACAAAUAAGUGGAAUGAAACCCAAAAUAUUUUGAAAGAACAGACUCUUGCCCUCAGGAAAGAAGGGAUUGGAGUUGUUUUGGACUCCGAGCUGCCACAUUUGAUUGGCAUUGAUGAUGACCUUCUGAGCACUGGAAUCAUCUUAUAUCACUUGAAGGAAGGUCAGACAUAUGUUGGUAGAGAAGAUGCUUCAACAGAGCAAGAUAUUGUUCUUCAUGGCCUUGACUUGGAGAGUGAGCACUGUGUCUUUGAAAAUGUCGGGGGGACAGUGACGCUGGUACCCCUGAAUGGGUCUCAAUGCUCUGUGAAUGGUGUUCAGAUCAUGGAGGCCACACAUUUAAAUCAAGGUGCUGUGAUACUCUUGGGAAGAACCAAUAUGUUUCGCUUUAACCAUCCAAAGGAAGCUGCCAAACUCAGGGAGAAAAGAAAGAGUGGCCUUCUGUCCUCCUUCAGCCUGUCCAUGACUGACCUCUCCAAGUCCUGUGAGAACCUGUCUGCGGUCAUGUUAUACAACCCUGGACUUGAAUUUGAGAGGCAACAGCGUGAAGAACUUGAAAAAUUAGAAAGUAAAAGGAAACUCAUAGAAGAAAUGGAGGAAAAGCAGAAGUCCGACAAGGCCGAGCUGGAGCGGAUGCAGCAGGAGGUGGAGACGCAGCGCAAGGAGGCGCAGCUGGCGCGGCUGCAGAUCCGCGAGCAGGAGGAGAACCUCCAGCGCCGCAGCUUCCACAUCGAGAGCAAGCUCAGGGAUUUGCUGGCCGAGAAGGAGAAGUUUGAAGAGGAAAGGCUGAGGGAGCAGCAGGAAAUUGAGCUGCAGAAGAGGAAACAGGAGGAAGAGAGCUUCCUCCGCAUCCAGGGAGAGCUUCGGCGCCUCCAGGAGCUCAACCCCAACGAGAAGGCCGAGAAGAUUCAGAUAUUCCAAGAAUUGGACCGGCUGCAGAAAGAGAAAGACGAGCAGUGUGCCAAGCUGGAGCUGGAAAAAAAGAGGCUGGAGGAGCAAGAAAGGGAGCAGGUGAUGCUGGUGGCCCAGCUGGAAGCGCAGCUGCGGGAGAAGCAGGAGCUGAUCCGGCUGCUACGGCGCGGGGAGCUGCAGCGUGUGGAGGAGGAGAAGGGGGCCCUGGAGGGCAUCCGCGAGGCCCUGCUGCGGGCCCGGGAGGCCAGCGCCGCGGGUGAUGGGGACGGCCGGGAGUUAGAAGAGGCACAGCUGCGUUUCUUCGAGUUCAAGAGAAGGCAGCUUAUCAAGCUGGCCAACCUGGAGAAGGACCUGGUCCAGCAGAAAGACCUGCUGAAAAAAGAGGUCGAAGAAGAACAGGAAAUCCUGGAGCAUUCAAAACAUGGCAACGAUGAAGAGUCUAGGUUGUUGGGAAAAGAUGAUGAGAGCAUCUCCAGUGUCAGCCCGGGGGCUCCAGAUGUCGAGAAAAUCAAGCCAGUGGCGAACAGGCUGCAGUACAAGGAGCGCCAGCUGCGGUACCUCCUGCAGAGUCACCUGCCAACGCUGCAGGAAGAAAAGCAGAGAGCGUUCGAGAUCCUCGACAGAGGCCCGCUCAGCUUAGACAACACUCUCUAUCAAGUGGAAAAAGAAAUGGAGGAAAAGGAGGAACAGCUUGCGCAGUACCAAGCCAGUGCCAGCCAGCUGCAGAAGCUGCAAGCCACCUUUGAGUUCACCGCCAACAUUGCGCGCCAGGAAGAGAAAGUGCGGAGGAAGGAAAAGGAGAUUCUGGAGUCACGGGAGAAGCAGCAGAGGGAGGCGCUGGAGCGCGCUGUGGCCAGGCUGGAGAGGAGGCACUCUGCCCUGCAGCGGCGCUCCACGCUGGAGCUGGAGAUUCGCGAGCAGAGGCAGAAGCUGGCCGCUGUGACCAGCAGCGGAGGAGAGCUGUCAGGGCUCCAGGCCAGCCUGGAGGCGGAGCAGGAAGCCCAGGAGCAGGACGGGCAAAGGUUAGAAUAUGAAAUCCAGCAGCUGAAGCAGAAGAUUUAUGACGUUGAUGGUGUUCAGAAAGAUCAUCAUGGGACCCUGGAGGGGAAGGCUGCUGCUUCCAGCUUGCCAUUCACUGCUGAAAAAUCUCACCUGGGCCCCCUGAUGGAUGCCAGGAUCAAUGCCUACAUUGAAGAAGAAGUCCAAAGACGUCUCCAGGAUCUGCACCGUGUGAUGGAUGAAGACCACGGUGUAUCUGUAGACGCGACCAAGAAUAAUGAGAAACUCCACAAUGGCACCAUUCAACGUAAGCUGAAAUAUGAGAAAAGGCUAUCGUGCCCAGUGCGGCAUCUAGCCCCACUUCCACCCAGAGAUGCUGCUGACACUUCUGGUGCCCUUCAACAGGAGAGGAGAAAGGUCCAUCAGGACAGCCGCUGGAAUCCUCCCAUGACGCAGAGGAUCCCAGGCUCUAAAAUUUCUUCCUCAGCAUCACAAGAGAGAAUCGACCAGCCAAUGGGGCAGUCCUCAGUGUCUGAGGUGUGGCAGGACAGUGGCUGCGAACGUCAUCGUCCUGAGCAUGCUGGCCAUUUUGAACCAAAGUGUUUUAACCUCCCUAAAAUCUCUUCUCUUACUGAAAGUUAUGACAGUGAUGCAGAAGGUUUUCAGGGUAAGUCAGUGACACGAGAAGAUGAACACAGCUCAGGAACUGAGUGCCGGUGGACCUUGCUGCAGCACAUGUCCCAGGGAGUGUCUAGGACAGGUGGAAGCCAGCAGGCCAGGCAGACCCAGGUGCUCUGCCUCGUCCUCUCUGAAAGCAUCUCUCGGGAGGAGGGUGCACCUGGCAGUGUUCCUCGGGAUGGACCGGCCUCCCAGUGUUCUAGUGAACCGCAAGAUGAAGAAGAGUUAGCUGCUAAACAGGUCAGCUCUUCAGAGUCACUGAGGAGUGCCAGGACAGAGGGAAACAUCGGGCUGGGACAUUUUUAUCACAAGUUCUCAGACCUUUAUAAAGACACCAGCAGUCACCUGCUACAGGCUGGCACAAAGGUGAUCAGCCAUGCCCGGCUUGUGGGGAGCCUUUGCACCCCACGUGGGCUCUCCUCCCACAUGGCAACAUUCGUAAGAAAAAUGCCAUUCCUACAGCACUUACCUCUGGAUGUGCCCUUGAAGUCUCACAUGCAGUCAGCAGAAUCUCGUUUUUUUCCUCACUCCCAUGCUGGCAGUAGCCAGAGCCCAGAGACAGGGAACCUAGAGCCGGCGGACAGUGCCACUCCUUCCCUGGUCUCUGCCUUCACAGCUGCAGGUCCACCAGGCUCCUCGCCAAGCUUGGUGUUCCGCCUUGAAUAUGAAGAUGCUAGAAAGAUCUCUGCACUGAAGCAGACUCUCGUGCAAUUCCCAGGCCAAGUGCUGUGCCUUCAGGAUUGCCCUUUAAAACAUCUUCUUGAGCAUGUGACUUGUUCUCUACCAGAACCUUUGGGCAGCACAGACGAAGUCAAAGGCAUUUACUGGCUUGCUGUCGCUAACUGCGCAGAACCUGACCCUCAGCCAGCAUGUUUGCUCCUGCUGGGGUCGACCUUAUAUGCUCUGGUCCUGUCUGUUAAUCACUCUGACUCAGGGCACAGUUUUCAUGCUCUGCCUCUCCCGGAGCUACAGGAGAUUCAGAUUGGCUUUUGUGGGCAGAGCGUUCGGUUCCUCAGCUCUGCCGGGCACCUUCUGCUCGCUGUGUUCAGUUUCAACAAAGCCCUCACUCAGCAGCUGUGUCGUGACCUCCUCUGUGUCUUGAUGCCAGAGUCUGAUGCCACUGCCUACAUGCAUCAUCCUUUGCUCUGGCAAGAUCUGGUUCAGCUGUCUCUUGAUUGGAAAGCAGAAAUCCCUGAUUUAGUUUUGGCAAAUGGAGUUCGGUUGUCAUCCAAAUUCCAGACGACCUUGGUUGACAUAAUUUACUUUCUUCAUGGAAACAUGGAAGACGCCGUCCUUUCUCUGUCGGAGGUCCAGGUGUUGCUCUACACGACGGUGAGGGUCCAGGGUGCGUCUGGCCAUGGCCAGUGUCAGUCGCUCGUCCUUCUGAACACCCACAUCGCACUGGUGAGGGAAGAUUGUGUUUUCUUCCCACGCACACGUUCUCUAAACACACCUCCUCCGCGUGCACGAUUUGACGUGAUUAAAUGCCAUGCUUUAACAGAGUUCAGGUGUGUUGUUGUUCCAGAGAAGAACAAUUUAACAGUAGAACUUGUCUUCUUACAAAAAAAACUUGCAUUGGAUUCAGGAAAUGGUUCACGUGAGAACCUUCCAGAAGCACCGCAUGUCCAGUUACCCACCAGCCCACUGUGUCAUCCAGCUAGUCAGAAUGUAGCCCCUGAGGUCUGGAAACUGACUUUCAAUUCUCAAGAUGAGGCUCUGUGGCUUAUCUCAUAUUUGACACGACUCUAGGGAGGGGACUUGUAAAGAUGCGUCACCUGUUAUUUGAGGUCAUGAAUAACAUAAGCAUUGUGAAAACAGUUAAAGGAACGUGACUAUCUCGGUGGAGCUGACUGAAUUGGACCUGGAAAAGUGCUGACCUCCACAAUGGAGAAUGGAAAUCGUUUAACCAUCUACAAUGAAAUAAAAGUGGCUGAUGGCAGAGCACUGAGGAAAUUUCUUUAUCACCACCUUGCUUCACUUUCUUGAAACUCAGGCUUGUAAAUUUGGGUCCCCCUCAUUAGCAGUGAGAUGUUAAAGCACUGCUUGUGGUUUUGGCUGCAUGUGGAUUUGUAGUGUUUUUACUUGGGAAUCUGUCUGCUGGAUUCCAGCACCCUAAUUUGUGCUGCCUGAAAAAGUGCCCAGACUGGCAGUGGCCUCUACUGACGUCCUCUAGGACGGCUGUGUAGCUGGGCACAUUAAUGAUGCAUCCAUGCCUGUGAGGAGUCUGGAUCUGGAAUGUCUUC